UUCUACCAAAAUGUAUUAUUUAUCGCACACAAUACAUGUAGUAUGCUAUUUCUCAGUGUUAAUAAGACUGAAUAACGGUUACUUGCUAUUCGCUGCGAAUUUGGACGACUUUCACACCAUAGCAAAGAAGUUAGUUUCAAACACUAUGGCCGAUCGCCUAACUCAGAUAGCCUCAAAGCCGUCGAUAAGAGAUAGCGAAGAAAGCACCGAUCUCGACAAAAGUGAAGAAUCAACUGAGGAUGUCAGUUUACCACCUAUAAAAGGUGUAAGGAAUGAAUCUCCCUUAAAAGAAAUGUCAGCUUUAGAUGACGAAUCGACUAAUAAAAAAGAAAAGGUCUCUGCGCAAAAACAGAACGCAAAAAAUACUGAAGACCAAUAUAAUAUUCAAGAAAUGCCACCUUCUGCCGACGAAGCGUCUUAUGAAGAACAAAUUGUGGAGAAACCUACUAAAAAUACUAACAACAAAUUUAAUAAUGAAAAAAGUUCAACUUUUCUUGACAAAGCUAUCAACGAAGAGCGAAAUGUCGCUAAUCAAAAUAAAAAAAUUGUAACAAAGCAGUAUAAUAUUGAAGAAAUGUCACCAUUCGCUGACGAACCACUUUAUAAAGAAGAUAUUUUUAAUAAGCCUGCUGCGAAACAAGAAAUUCAAACAGAAGUAGAAUGGUUUGAUUCUGAAGACGCAUUAAAGGAACUAUGUACAAACGGUGAUAAAAAUUUAAAACCAAUAAAUAGAAAGGUAAGGAAAAUUAAAUCGACUACUGAUAACUAUAGUCUGUACAAGAAAUUGGAUAUGACACAAAAAGAGAGCUAUGAAGAUUAUGUUACGCCGGCAAGAGAAGUUAAUGUUUACGCAAGUUCAGAAGUUAAACAACGAUAUAAUGUAGAAGAAAAUAGCCCGAUCCAUAAUAGAUAUAAGAUAAUAAAUAAAAGUUACAAUAAUAAAAACCCUAACAUUCAUGGAGAUACGCAAUUAGAAAAAUCAAUAAAACCACCAAAUAAAUACGAAUAUGCAGAAAAAGUUAAAGAAUCAGAUGAAAUAAAAGCCAAAACAGAAAACCUUUGGUAUGACAACGAAGAUAAAUCAAAUGUGGAUACCAUUAUUUUAUCAGGCGCCUUGGAAAAACCAAAAUUUGGAACAAGAUUUCCUGCGAGGCACACUUAUAAGGCAACUCCAAAUUUUGUUGCAAACCUACCAGUGGUGGUAGAAAAGUACAAUUUUAACGAACCGAUACCCGAAGCGGACCGUGAACGUGAAACUCUGAAAUAUUUAGGGAAUCCGCCAGCGAGCAUUAAUAAAAAAGUUCGUUUAACAUAAACCCAUUAUUUUUUGUCUUUGCCAGCUAACACAAUUUAAAAAAGAUUGAAUAUACACUCUUUUUUUUUUUUCUAAUAAAAGUAUUUAUUGAAAUAUCUGUUAUCGACUCCUCACUAUGACAGUUAA